AUGGGCAGCUUGGAAUGCAGGCAGGAAGCCUGCGUUGGCUUCUCUAUGGGAAUCACUUUUCUUUAUGAAAGAAAAAUACAGAAAGCAAUAAGCCGUUCAGCAUGCUCGUGUUUGUCUGUUUUACUACAUAUACUUUCUAACAUCGGAUUCCCCCCCCGCCUCUCUUUCUACCCGUCGUCCCUCGCAGAGGAAGAAGGUCCCGGCGCGCCGUACCACCGCGAGAGGCGCAACGCCAUCAGCUCCCAGGCGCCCCGCGGCCCGGACAGGACGGUGAGCGAGGAGCCCUCCACCUCCACGGAGGACCGGCCCUCCCUGCUCAAGAAGGAGCUGCACGGCUCCCUGUCCCACCUGGCUGAGCAUGCCCUGCCGUACCGAGGCGCGCUGUUCACCAUGGACCCCCGCAACGGCUACCUGGACGCGCACUACCCCACGCCGCAGUUCUUCCCCGCCUUCCACCCCCCUGUGCCGAUCGACGACCGGCACACCCAGGGGCGUUACAUCUACGAGCCGUCCCCUGUGCCCCCUCUUCAUGUGCCUCCCGGGCCGGCCUUCUCAGACAUCUCCCUCAUCCGGAUCUCGCCCCAGAGGAACCCCUCUGUGGGGGCGGAGUCGCCCUUUCACCCCCCGCACCCUUACAUCAACCCGUACAUGGACUACAUCCGCUCGCUCCACAGCAGCCCCUCCAUCUCCGUCCUGUCGGCCACGCGGGGCCUCAGCCCUGCAGAUGGUGAAUAGACACACACACACACACACACCGGCACGGAUGCGCGCUCGGAUGCGUGCUCACA